AUGGCUGGAGCUGGGUGUGAAAAUGGUAGUAAAGUGGAACAGUUGCUUCAGAGCAUUAUGGUUAUUCUGUUAUUGUAUUUGGUGAACUCAUGGAAUUCCAUGAAACUGAUUGAAUGGAAGGAGCUUCUGUUGUUCAUACAAGUCAUGUUUCUGAUUUUUUGGAUGAAUUGGGAAGAAACACCGACUCCUCAGAAGGCCGUAGACAGUACGGUCAUUGGAUUCUCUGCAAGUUGUGGCAUGACCAAGACAGACGCUCAGACCCUUUCAGAAAUUAAUCCUGAUGUUGUGCUUGAGGUUCAUAUUGGGAUUUCUUGUAUCCCAGAUGACCUUUGCCAGUUGGUGAGCUUAAAGUUUCUUAGCAUAAGUGUAAAUAAACUGUCAGGUACGAUUCCGCCUCGGCUCUACAAUCUCUCCUCUAUUGUCAUUUUUGACGUGGGAUUGAACAGAUUGCAUGGAAAACUUCCACCUAACAUAGGCCUCACCCUUCCUGAUCUCCAAGGCCUGCAUGUUGGAGGAAACCAAUUCACAGGACCCAUACCAGUUUCAUUAUCCAAUGCUUCCGGAUUAGCAGCAAUUAACCUUGCUAUGAAUAGUUUUAGCGGAUCUGUGCCCAUGAAUUUUGGAAACCUCAAGAGUCUCUUCCGAUUAAAUUUGUGGGGCAACAAACUUGGAAUUGGAAAAGCUCGUGACUUGAGCUUUCUCGAUUCUUUGACCAAUUGCAGUAGCUUACAACUGGUGCACGUGGGCAUAAAUCGUCUCAGCGGUGUGUUGCCCAACUCCAUAGCAAAUCUUUCGACCCAACUGACAAUCCUAUCUUUAGGAAGUAAUAUGAUAUUCGGAAGCAUCCCAUCUGGGAUUCAGAAUCUUAUUGGCGUAACAGUACUGAUUUUGGAGAGUAACUUUCUGACUGGUACAAUUCCCAUUGGUGUUGGGAAGCUUAACAAGUUGGAGGUACUUCACUUGUAUUCAAAUGGAUUAUCAGGGCAAAUUCCAUCUUCCUUGGGCAACAUCACCAGAUUGUACCGACUCUUUUUAUUUGAAAACAAUCUAUCAGGGAGCAUACCUUCAACUCUUGGUAAUUGUAUAAAGCUAAACUUCAUAUACCUCUCCAAUAAUAACUUUAGCGGUACCUUACCCAAUCAACUUUUCAGCAUUCCCUCUUUGAUUGAACUCCAAGCUGGAAACAACUUUUUCACUAAUCUGCCACAUGAAGCCAGUCACUUGAAAGCUCUUGGAGCAUUCAAUGUUUCUAAUAACAAAUUGUCAGGCGAAAUUCCAAGCUGGCUAGGCAAUUGUCUCAGCCUAGAGUAUCUUGGGUUGGAUGGGAACUUCUUUCAAGGAUCAAUUCCACCAACAUUCAGUAGUUUAAAAGGUCUUCGAUACCUGGGUCUUUCACGCAACAACUUAUCUGGGAAGAUUCCAAGAUAUCUGGAGAAGUUUGAUCUAGAGUAUCUAAAUCUAUCCUUCAAUAAUUUCGAGGGUGAAUUACCAAAACAAGGGGUCUUUGGAAAUGCCAGUCGAGUUUCAGUGCUCGGAAAUAGUAAGCUUUGUGGGGGUAUUCAUGAAUUACAAUUGCCUCCAUGCUCCAGCCAAGCUUCCAAGAAACGGGGGAACUCUCUUACUUCAAAAGUCAAAUUCUCAGUAACUGGUGUUGUCCUGUGUCUUAUAUCAUUAUUGUCUUUCUUUACCACUCUUCAUUGGGUAAGAAAGUCGAGAAGGAAACUUUUUUCUGUGUCUUCUGUGGAGGAUCCUUUUAUGAAUGUCUCUUAUGCGGAGCUCUUUAAAGCAACAGAUGAGUUCUCUCCUGCCAAUUUGAUCGGAACUGGAAGUUUUGGUGCUGUAUAUAAAGGGAUUCUAGAUCGUGGUGGGACUAUGGUAGCAGUGAAAGUCUUCAACCUUCAACAACAAGGAGCUCUGCGGAGCUUCAUGGCCGAAUGUGAUGCCUUGAGAAACAUUAGGCAUCGGAAUCUUGUUAAGAUCUUAACUUGUUGCUCGAGCAUUGAUUUUAAGGGCAAUGAUUUAAAAGCUCUAGUUUACGAGUACAUGUCCAGUGGAAGUCUAGAGAAGUGGUUGCACAGGGAGGGCCAUGACCAGCCAAGAAGGAACUUGAAGUUUACUGAAAGGCUAAACAUAGCUAUAGAUGUCGCUUGCGCACUGGAUUAUCUACAUAAUCAUUGCCAAACAUCAAUCAUUCAUCAAGAUUUAAAGCCAAGCAACAUUCUUCUUGAUGAUGACAUGAUUGCUCAUGUGGGUGAUUUCGGGCUAGCCAGGUUCAUAUCUGAGGUUGCUCAAAGCAGCUCAGUUGGGAUGAAGGGAUCUAUUGGGUACAUCGCUCCAGAGUAUGCGAUGGGCGGAAAAGCAUCUACACAAGGAGAUGUUUACAGCUAUGGAAUCCUUCUACUGGAGAUGAUCACUGGAAAGGGGCUGACUGAUGACGUGUUUAAGGACAAUCUAAGCCUUCAUCAUUUUGCUAAGCUGGCUUUGUCUAAACAAGUGAUGGAGAUUGUUGAUCCACAACUGCUCUUAGAAGAAGCUGAAGUUAUUUAAGGCAAUGAAAAUGAAAUCAAUACAAAUAGAAUGCAUGACUGUUUGAUUUCAAUGGUCAAAAUCGGUGUUUUGUGCUCUGCAGAAUCUCCAAGUAAACGAAUGCAAAUGAGAGAUGUUGUUGCUAAAAUGAACACAAUCAAGGACUUGUAUCUCAGGGUCAAGAUUCGCCAAGACAAAAGUAAUUAGGUCACAAAUAUUAGAUGAAGGUUUGUCUUAUCUCAGGCUUUACUAAGUUUGUAUUGGUGGUUAUUUUGAGAAAGAUAUCCAAAUGAAAUGAGUUUGUUGAAUCCUUCCCUAAACAAGCUCUAGAUAUAUUAAGACUUAGGUUAAGAGUGUAUUUGUAUUGAUAUUGAAUAUAUGAGAAGAUGUUUUUUUUUUUUU